AUGGCAGCUGCUACGUGGAGCUGUUUGAGCAAGAAUUUUUAUACGUUGACACUUCUUUAUAUUCUCUUACACGUUACUUUUGAAACGGCCGCUGCUGCCCCAGAGACGGGUUUAUGGAAAAUUACCGCUUCACCUACUUCAAGACCGCUCUUGUUAAGAAAAUCCAUGUUCAAAGACACUAACAUUGAAUUGAAAGUUUUGUCAUUUGACUGUCCUGAUGAGGUAAAAUUCACCAUUCGCUGGUAUUUGAAAUACUACCCUUGCCACAAUGAAUUCAGCAAUAUUGAUGAAAUGUAUGAAAAAACACCACUGAGUCAUGGGAACAGCCUUGAUCCAAAACCUCUUGUAAAAGGAGAGUACAUCGAACACAUGCACAAGCCUAUAAUGUGUAACAGUGAAUUGCGCUCCUUUCCUAUGUUUAAAAAAGCCAAGGCACAGCCUCGACCUGUCGAACCACCUGUUGAGGGAAAAGCCACGGAUAAAAAUGAAAAAUGGAUUUCUGAAGAAUACAGUAGUGAUGGAGUGAAAAACAACAGUACAACCGUCCAAGACAAUGUUAUCGCCUCCACGUGGAAGGAUGGGCCUUAUUUACUCGUGGUGAAGGUUGUGCCCAGUAAGCAAGAUGUUGACUGGAAUUUAACAAUGAAUGUGGUGAUGAAAGGCAGGCAUGGCUACAUUUCCAUCACAGAAUACCCUCUCAUGAUUUUCUACAUGGUCAUGUGCGUGGUGUACAUCCUCUUUGCCCUGUUUUGGUUCAUCUGGGCCUCCUGCUACUGGAAAGAUCUACUGAGGAUCCAGUUUUGGAUCGCAGGUGUCAUAUUCCUGGGAAUGGUGGAGAAGGCAGUCUUCUGCGCUGAAUACGAAAACACCAACUCUGUUGGCUCUGCUUCCCAAGGCCUGCUGAUUUUUGCCGAGCUGAUUUCGGCCCUCAAGAGAACUAUUGCCCGAUUGCUCGUCAUCAUCGUCAGCCUCGGCUACGGAAUUGUUAAGCCUCGAUUGGGGACCGUAAUGCACCGCGUGGUUGGUCUGGGAUUUCUGUACUUUGUCUUUGCUGCUACUGAAGGCAUACUGAGGAUAACCGGGAGUCGAGACAAUGGCCCAGCUCUCAUUACGGCGAUUGUUCUGGCUGUGUUAGACUCGAUCAUCAUCUGGUUCAUAUUUGUCAGCCUGGCUCAAACCAUCAAGACUUUGAAGCUGAGAAAAAAUCCAGUCAAGUUGUCCCUCUACAGACACUUCACGAACACACUCAUAUUUGCAGUUUUUGCUUCCAUCAUUUUCAUGGGUUGGACAACAAAGAAAUUCCGUCUAGUAGAUUGCCAGUCAGAUUGGAUCGAACUGUGGGUGGAAGAUGCUUUCUGGAGGUUUUUGUUCUCCCUCAUUCUACUUGUCAUAAUGUUUCUAUGGAGACCAUCUGCAAACAAUCAAAGGUACGCUUUUACACCACUCAUCGACGACUCUGAUGACGAGGAAAUCGAGGAAUUUAUGGCCUCUGCGAACAUUGACGGUAUUAAACUGAGAGUCACAAAAAAUGAAACUAACGGUGCCGUGAAAUCUCCGGAAACAAAUUUGGAAGAAGACUUGAAGUGGGUUGAGGAAAACAUUCCGAGCUCUCUCACUGAUGUUGCCCUUCCGGUCUUGCUCGACUCUGAUGAGGAGAUCAUGACGACCAAGUACGAGAUGUCCAAGCUGGAGUGA